CUCCCUCCCUCCCUUCCCCUUCCUCCUCUUCCUCCUCCUCCUCCUUCUCCUCCUCCUCCUCCUCCUCCUUCCCCCCGCAGGGGCGCGGAUGGGAGGACGAGCAGAGCGGCGGUGCGCGCCUCCCGGCGCGGUGCGGAGCCGAGGUUGCACAACGCACAUCUUUGAGAACAUUUCUGAGACAAUGAAGCUUCCAGGAACAGAAGUCUGGUUCGGAACUUGCUUGUUUUAAGAGUAUCUGGGAAUUUCUAUGCAUAUUUGCUUAUUCCAACGAAAUCAGAGGACAAUGAAUUCUUUUUAUUUUUUGCAUGUUUUCACACUAAGUAACAACUUUUCUUCUUUCCCGUUCUGUUCAAUGGGAAAAACUUGAGCCAGUUGUGUAGCUGAUUUUUAUUUUGCCGCAUUCCUCAUCCUGAGCCAAAUUCUUGGAAAACACGUCUACAAUACAUCUAUUUUUGUAGUUGGAUUUUUUUCCCCCUGUAUAUGUUUCACUUUUGGAGUCCUUUUAACUGUUCUGGUUUGAACCUGUCCUUCUGUGUCACUGAGAAUUCAUAGAAUCACUCAAGGAAUUAAAUAAUUUCAGACUUGCAGAAGAUGACUCAUAUGCUUCAGAAACAUUUUUGUGGCUGUGCUUGGCUCAUUAAUACAGGAGUUUAACAGUACUAAUAUGAAGCAUUGCAUUAAUUGUUGCAUACAUUUAUUACCAAAUGACUUGCACAGACAGUGUUUCAGAUGCCGUGGACCUAGCCAUAAUAACCAGAAGUGUCCCGUUUGCAAAGGAGAAAAUAAAAACCAUUUGUACACUGAUAGCAAGCAGAUGAAGUUGCUUGCAGUUUUGGAAGUAAGGACUGAUCACAGUGAAAGCUGGAAUGGAUUUUUCUGCUUGAAGAAGGGGAAGCUAUGCAGCUUAAUAUUUGGGUUGAUUAUAAUGACUCUAGUGAUGGCAUCCUACGUACUGACUGGAGCCAAACAUGGCCUGUUGUUAAUACCGUCUCCCUUCCAUUACGGAGCUUUUACUAGCAAUCCAAGCUUAAUGGACAAUGAAAGCCUUAGUGACAUGAAAGACCAUUACCAGUCUUCUAAAAUUAAUAUUUCAUAUGUAAAGGAUUAUCCAAGUAUUAAAUUAAUUAUUGACACUAUUACUUCAAAGAUAGAGUUUAUAACAAGACAGCGCCCUGAUUUAGAAGAGCUGAGGAAACAAGAGCCACAUAUGUUUUCAGUAAUUCCUAAUAAAUUCCUUCCAAAUAGCAAGAAUCCUUGUUGGUAUGAAGAGUACAGAGGAAACACAACCACAGAUCCUUAUACAACCAACUCCUAUGCACUGUAUUCAAAGCGUUUUCGAACCAUAUUUGAUUACCUCAGGAAGGUAUUUUGGAACCACUUAUACCAUUACAAGGACAAACACUACCGGCUGCGUUGCCUCCCCCACUUCUACAUCAUCGGCCAGCCCAAGUGUGGGACAACAGAUUUGUAUGAUAGGCUCAGGCUGCACCCCGAUGUUCGGUUCUCAGCUAUCAAAGAGCCACACUGGUGGACAAGAAAGCGGUUUGGAAUCAUUCGUCUGAGGGAUGGAUUUCAUGACCGCUACCCAGUAGAAGAUUACCUUGAUCUGUUUGACUUAGCAGCACAUCAAAUUCAGGGCGUACUGCAGAGUGAAGCAGCAAAAGAGCACAGCAAGACAAAUAACAUCAUAAUUGGGGAGGCCAGUGCCUCGACGAUGUGGGACAACAACGCAUGGAUUUUCUUUUAUGACAACAGUACCGAAGGAGAACCUCCUUUCUUAAUCCAGGAUUUUAUCCAUGCCUUCCAACCAAAUGCCAAACUUAUCAUCAUGCUGAGAGAUCCUGUUGAAAGAUUGUACUCUGAUUAUCUGUACUUUGCAAGUGCUAAUAAAUCUGCAGAAGAUUUUCAUGAAAAAGUGGCAGAAUCACUGCAGCUGUUUGAGAAUUGCAUGCUGGAUUACUCACUGAGAGCCUGCGUCUACAACAACACCCUCAACAAUGCCAUGCCCGUAAGGUUGCAGGUUGGGCUUUAUGUUGUCUAUCUUUUGGACUGGCUGACUGUUUUUGACAAAGAUCAGAUACUUGUUCUCCGCUUAGAGGAUCAUGCAUCAAAUGUGAAAUACACCAUGCACAUGGUGUUCCAGUUUCUGGAUCUCGGACCUCUAAGUGAGAAACAAGAAGCUCUGAUUACAAAGAGUCCUGCAUCAAACACUAGACGACCUGAAGACAGAAGCCUGGGACCUAUGCUACCAACAACAAAGGCAAUUUUAAGAGAUUUCUACAGGCCUUUUAAUACAAAACUGGCACAAGUUCUUUUUGAUGAUGCUUUUUUAUGGAAAAGGACAUAAUAUGUAAAUUUAGUGCCACAAAUACAGUGCUUAAAGGAGUUUUUAUUUUUUUAAAUUCUAUUUUUGUGCGUGGAUAUUUACAUUUUUCCCAUUCCAAAGAGAAGCCGAUUGAUGAGAUGAGACUCUCACCUUCAGUCAGCACACUUCAUGACAGUUAUAUCACAUUUUCCUUGUGAGAAUGUAAAGCAUCUUGCUUAUGAGUUUCUUGCAACUUCUUUUGCCCCAGCAGAAGUGUAGGAUGGAAAAGCACUAGGCUAUGUCUUACACUCUCGGCUGGGAUGUAGAAGUUUAACCUUCUCUAAGAUGCUGCAACAUGGAAUUAGCAUCAAUUUCUUACAAUUACACUUAUAAUCUCAUUUUCAAUAUAUAUUAUUCAUUCAUUUUUUCAAACUAUCAGUGUCAUGUAGUCAUUAAAUUUUUUAAGUGAAUUCAACCAAAAAUUUUGUUUCUUUUUGUCAGCAUGUUCACAAAUAGUCUUCUCUCACACUAAGGUUUCUAUGUCUCCUUAAUUCUGAAAGUAACUUUAAUAGGUAAUUGCAUUUACAUAAAUUUCAAAGUCUAAUUUAUGUCUUCAGUAUAAAUAGGCUUUCCUAGCCCCAAAAUCAAAAGAAAUUUUAUAUUCACAUAAGAAUGGAUGACGGAAAUUUAAACAACAGUCCACAUUCAAUGUUUAGUGUAACAAAUCCAUUUGCCUUCCACAUUUUGUUCAUGUAAACACAAACAUGUAUCACCUAUUCAUAUCAUUCACAUUUUCCUAGGAAACCACUAUCAGGCUUGAUGUAAAGUCAAUGCUGGCCAUAGAGAGCUUUUAUGGAGUUUUCUCUUCGGUCCUACACAAGUGCUCUACUCCAUUGCAAAAAGUACGCAUUUUUAUAUCACUACGAAAUCUGGUCAUUAAAUGCAUUAAUGGACAGGAUACACCAUGUCAUGCAUCGUUAUGGAAAGGAUAUGUUAAAUAAUGAACUAGUUGCACACUGUGUACAUCUAGUUUAAAAAAGGCUUGAAAAUAAAGACUUGAGGAAAAGCUAUUA